GCGGGACGGCGCCGGUUGUGAGCUCGGGAAGGCCCUGGGGGCUCGGUGUCCCCUCCGGGGCAGCUGGGGAUGGGUGGGCAGCUGGGGGGUGUCUCGGGAUCGCCUCGGGAAGGGCGGUGAAGCGGCGCUCAGCUGUCCCCUAGAACACGGCCCCAGCCCGCCCUUGUGCGCAGCAGCACCGCGCCCGUGCCGCGCCGCUGGGGGAGCGAAGUUAAGGGAGGUAUUUUUAGGAGCACGAAAUGUGUUUUUCCAAAGCGUUCUUGCUCGGUAGAUCGUUUGUAGUAUCUGCCGGCACGUGCGUGUUGCCGUCGCUGCUCUCUGCCCUUCCAUUUAAUUUCUCUGCUUGCUUUCCCUUCGAAGGAGAUGCCUUCUUCUGGCCUUUCCAGGCCUUUGUGCUUCCUGCUGGACUGUAGGUCACUAGCCACUGGAUAGUGAACUCUAUGGGCACCAGGGAAAAGGAGGAAAGCACUCAUCAGAUGUAUUUGAAAGACAUUCAUAAUGAACCUUUGCAAAAAAACCCCCACCUCUAACUUGACGAGGGUUGUGACUUACAAUGAUGGUUUGCAAUCCUAAAAGCACUUCAAAUGCAGUGCUUAAUGCAGCUAAAUAAAGCUGGAUUCCCAUUAAAUAAAAAGAGCUGAUGGUAGUUUAAGUUCCAUCAAAUCUUCAGAUUUGUAAUUUGCUAUUAAAACUCCAGAGCCUGCAGUAAAGGGGCUUUUGCCUGCUCACUGGCAUACUACAAAUUACCCAGAUCAAAAGCAUUACUUGUGGGAGAUGCACAUACUAAAAGCACAUUGCAAAUCUUACUCCCUUUUCUAGCUUCAUGUCCAACUAAUUAUUAUUUCUCCGUAGAUAUGAAUUACUCUAGGUUCAUCACCACUGUGAGUGCAGCAAGAAAAGCAUCUCCAAUAAGACUGCUGACUGAAUUGAUGCAGAAGUCUCCUCCAUCUCUCAUCUCUCUGGCUGGAGGGGCACCAAAUCCUAAUCUUUUUCCAUUUAAGAGGGCAACUGUUGACAUUGGACAUGGAACACCUAUUGAGAUUGGGGAAGAUCUGAUGAAGAGAGCUCUCCAGUACUCAGCUUCAGCAGGGAUUCCAGAGUUGUUGUCUUGGCUAAAAGAUUUCCAGCAGAACUUGCAUGAUCCUCCCACGGCCAAUUACAGUCCUGAGCAAGGACAGAUGGAAGUGUGUGUCACAACUGGCAGCCAAGAAGGCUUGUGUAAAGUGUUUGAAAUGCUCAUUAAUCCUGGAGACAAUAUCCUUUUGGAUGCACCCACAUAUGCAGGGACACUAGCAGCUCUGAGACCCUUGGGUUGUAAUAUAAUUAAUAUUCCUAGUGACCAACAUGGCAUUAUUCCAAAAGCUUUAGAAGAAAUUCUGUCUGCUUGGAGCCCAGAGGAUGUAAAAUAUCAUAGCAAUCACCUCCCCAAAUUCCUGUACACUAUUCCAAAUGGAUGCAACCCAACUGGCAACUCACUGACCACAGAGCGCAAAAAGGAGAUUUACCAGCUUGCAAGAAAAUAUGAUUUUCUCAUAAUAGAAGAUGAUCCUUACUACUUUCUUCAAUUUGAAAAGCCAUGGGCUCCAACUUUCCUUUCAAUGGAUGUGGAUGGCCGAGUUAUAAGGACCGACUCUUUCUCUAAAAUUCUCUCAUCUGGUUUAAGAAUAGGUUUUCUGACAGGUCCCAAGCCUCUCAUCGACAGAGUUGUUCUACACAUUCAGGUGUCAACAAUGCACACCAGCACUUUCACACAGAUUAUGGUAUCACAGCUGCUUCAGCAAUGGGGACAAAAGGGUUUCUUGGAACACGUAGACAGAGUGGUGGACUUCUACAGGAUCCAGAGGAAUGCAAUGCUCACUGCUGCUGACAAGUGGUUAAAAGAUUUGGCAGAAUGGUACCCUCCUGCUGCUGGCAUGUUCUUAUGGAUCAAAAUAAAGGGUAUUUCUGAUACACAGCAGCUGAUAAUGGAAAAGGCUUUGAAGAAAGAAGUAUUACUGGUUCCUGGAGGAGCAUUCAAUAUUGAUAGUUCAGAGCCUAGUUCUUAUGUCAGAGCCUCCUUCUCUCUGCCUUCUCCUGCCCAGAUGGAUCUGGCCUUCAAGAGACUGGCUGACCUUAUAAAAGAAUCUUUGUGAAAAAGCUAAAUAGAGCCCUUGCAGUAACAAAAAUUAUCUCCAGAAAAUAUUUGUUAACAUUUGGAUUUCAUCAGAACACUUUAUAAGUAAGCACAAUAAAGUGGAUGCUUCCUUAGAUCUUUUCAGCUUAAAAAAAAUGAAAGAAAAUGAAAGUUGAAAUGAAACAAUUUGCCUAAUUUUUUUGACAGGGCAUUGCAUGACUAAAUUUAUACAAUUCAGAAACAUUUAAAAUACUGUAAACCAAAAUGUUCUAUUGCCUGUAAAAUCCAUGGUUUUGUUAGAUUUGAAUUUUGAUUUUUUUUAUGACUUUUGUUUUCCAUUUAAGUUGGGAAAAAAAAAUCACUUACUUAGAAAGUUGCACUUGAGGUGGUGUUAGCCACCUCAACUGAUACAUUCCUCCAAAAUCUUGUGUUGGACUUGUCUCAUGUGUCACUUCCGUUCUUGUCCUACUGUAUGACAUCUGGUUUUAAUGAUUUGAGGAUUAGUAAUUAAUUUUACUGAAGUUUUGUCAGAUGAAGCUGCGGUAACUAUGUUAAAAAAAUUGAUCCAGCAAAAUGAGGCUUUGAUUACAAAUAAACUGAAGUCCCUUGCAAUUUGCAAGGGUAUUCUCUAAUUUUUAAAAGGCAUUCUGUUUGCUGGUUUUUACUUUAGUCUGUGAAUAAUUACUCUGUACCCGCAGAAAAUCUCUGGUUUGCCAAGGCAUGUGGAUGUACUAAAGGAACUACUCAAAGUUAUGCAGUCAGAUGUGGUUUUGAUUGGAGAGUGUAAGUAACUGAACAGGGGACGUGGUGGAAUGGACACCACCCUGACACUGCCAGAUGCAAACAAAAUGAAAAAAUAAAGAAAUGUUUCAGUCUCUUAUUCCUUGGUUAUUGUCAUCACAAACAUUUGAUACUCAGCAACAGGUACAAAACCUUCAGAAAGUUUCAACUGAACUAAUUCUCCAAGACUUCCCAUUUGGAUUAGUGACUUCAGUUUUACUUACUGUUUGGAUGAAAGCACUGUGAUUUUCCACCAAUAUCAGAUGGCUGUUUCUUUAUGUGCAACUGUUCAGAAUGUCAAAGUAAAACAUUGUUCAAGGACCUGGCUAGCCAUUCAGCAGCCCAGGCAACCCAAGCAAAUAAGGGCCAGGCACAACCUUUCUUCUUUGGAAGUUUCACAACAGAAAUUAUUACUACAAAUUAUUAUUGUUGUUGUUGUUGUUGUUGUUGUUAUUGUUAUUACAAAUUAUUGUAAUACUUAAAAUAAGUUUCGUUCCCUCUUUUCCCUUACUUAUAAAUAGCAUGUGUCACAACAAACUAACACAGAUGUAUGCCUUUCCCAGCAUCCCUCCCAUUGGCAGGAUCAUUCCAGUGCCUCCAGCCCAGCAUCAGCUUUUCAUGUCUUUUUUCAUCUUGAGCAGCAUAUCUAAAAUCAAUCAUUUGCUCCGUUCACAGAUUACUAUGGUUUUGAGGUAAAUCCACUGGAGAGGAACUGACACAGGUGGGCAAGGCGGUGCAGUGGGUGGGGCUGGCUCCUCCAGAGUCAGGCUGGGCUGGGGCAGCCAGGACCCACGGAGUGACUAAGUCUAGGGAGAGCCUGGAGUCCCAAAUCUGCUCUCAGGGUGCCAACACUGUCUUUGAAGACAAAUUUGUCCCAUUUUACAUGGUUUAAUGGUGCUAAUGGGGGAUCCAAACCAGCACUGCCUCCUGUGCAGUGCCAUUCAACAGGAACUAUUCACAUCUCAACUCACUUUCAUAAGGAUGUGUAGAAAUGAUGAAAACACUAAUGUUGCUAUCAGCCAAUUUUUAUCUUGGGCUCAAUUGCAAAAGUUAUUUUAUACAACAACAAAUUGAUAUGUCUGUUUAAUUAAAAUAAUAUUUUUAUAGGGGAAUAAAUGUAAACAUAAUUUAAGACUGAUUUUAGUUCUCAGGUAAAUGCGAUUGUCAAAUAUUUUGGUCAUAUUGUCAUUCAUCCAAACCUGAAUUCAAUAAACAUAAUCAAAAUACCAUUAUUAAGGCUUAAAUUGGUGAUGUGUUGAAUAAAACACCUCUUAAUUUUCAGAGAUCUAAAUGUUCAUUUGGUUGAAUGUAAGCAAAAUGCAAUUCCAUUUGUACCACAUUGCAUGGUCUUGCUAUCAGCUAAUUUAAUUUAGAGAGAGGGGUUUUUCCCCCCAACUGUAUUGAAGCCUCUGUAAUUAAAUUAAUGUCCUGAACAAUGCAAAUUGAGCAAUGGCAGUGAAAUCCUAUAUGCACAUGCUGUUUCCAUGAACCUCUUAAUGCACAUUUUCUGGUCUCCUGGGAGAGCUUUCACUGUUAUUAAAUGUUCAUGGAGGAAGCCACUUGAGACAAAAGGAAAGGAGUGGGCAGCAUAUCCACGUAGGAAGAAAUUACAUGGCAAAUUGAAAGUUUUGGGUUUCCCUUCUCAUUUCAUCUAUCCACCAGCAAAUAACCCCUCUCAUUCAUAGCUGGGUUCAAGCCAUCUGAUGCAUGUGACAAAAUCUGCCAGUGGGGAAGAGAGGAGACAGAGGAAGGGAAGGGCAGGGCUCGAUGCGGGGAGCGCAGCCCCUGGUGCUGCCCUGGUGGGGGCAGUUGAGGAGGAGGAGGGUGCUGCAGUGCUGGAGAGAGCUGCCUGCCACGGGCAGCCCCCCGCAGCCUGGCUCUCAUUCUGAGUGAGCAUUUAGCUGCCCCCUCUCUUGUACCUGCACUCUGGUUCCACUGCAUUUUCACACUUUUGGCAGAUGAAAAUCACCUAGAAAUUCUGGGCAAACUCUGGACGCUUACAAAUUCUAUUUGCAUUUUUUAAAAUCUUGUAUUUCAAUUCUAUUUGUAUUUUAAAAUCUUGAUCUGCAGUUCUUUUGGUCCUGCCUUUGCAGUCUGGACUGUGACCCACUGAGGCAAAUAUGUAAAGGAACUCAAUUGAGCUGUGUUGUGCAUGUCCUAAUCUGUCUUGUUUUCUUUAUUGUCUAAUAACAGGUUUUGAGCAACCCACUCUAGAUAUAUGGGAAUAGAACAUUUGCAGUGUUUGAACUGUAAUUAUUCUGAAUAAAAAUUAAAAGAAACAUCCAUUUUCAUUCUUCUAAUACUGCUCCCAGGAAUACCAUGCUGUACCUCAUUUUUCUCCUAAUGAUUAUGGAAACUGUUGUGCAAUCCUGCAAAGCACAGAAGUAACAAGGAGAGAAGAAUAAGGGUCUUGCUGAUUCUUUUCAAGAAUUAAUAUCCCAGAAACAUGUUAAUAAUUCUGACUACAACUAGAAGAUUCCCUAUAGAUGUAUAAAAUGUGGAGAAUGCCUUCAGAAUUAUAUUUUCUUUUCAUUUUCAAAUUGUAUCACAUCUGUAUUAACAAGUGGAUAUCUGUAAUGUGGUCUAGGAAAAUUAACAUGGAAGUGUUUCUGUUCCUUGAUGUACACAGAACUUUGACCUUUUUCUACAUUUGGCUAAUAAUAAACUUAAGAUACUUUCUUGCAGUUUAAUCUAAUAAAUCAAGCAUUAACAGAGGUAGAUGAAGUUCUUCUGACAAUAUCAAAUUAUUUUAUUGCCUUAUAUGGAAUGUAUAAUUUAAUGAACUCUGAGUGUCUACCUCUCCACAAAAACUACUAAUACAGUGGGGGAAUGGAAAGAC